AUCUGAUUGGUCGAGGAGACGGCAGCCAUGCGCAUGCAUGGUGAUCUCGUGCAGGAAACGAAAGUUGUAAGCGCGGUCUGCGUUUGAACGAUGAUUAGACAUAUUUCUAACGCUUCCAGUAUUUCAAGAAUGAGUUUAUAUUAGGCUUCAUUAACUUUGACGUGAAGGUUUUCUUUAUUUUGGGCAUUUUCUCUACACUGCUACAGGUAAAAUCAACAUGUCUGGGCAAGCUUCUAUGUACAUGUUUGAAUCACCACUUCGUGCAGUUCCAGCUACCCCGGUUAUCACUUACAGAAUACCACAACAACGAUCUUCCGAAGAAGCAACAGUGCCUAGUUUCAGUGGUGAUCUAGCACAGCCCUCAACACCCCUCACACACGACCCAAACCCAAGGAACAUUUUUACUCCACCAAACCCGUUUCCAUUCUUCAUUGAAAGACUAGCAGAGAGGGUAGACGAACCUAACCAGCGCAUAGAACAAUUCUCAGGACAGCAUUAUACUGUACACUCCAAUCAGAAUGUGCACAAGGCUAAAGCUGUUUUCAGAGUACUUCAGCGAUCGAAAUCAGUUGAGACCUCAGAACAAGUUGUUCCCUGCAUACCAAGCCCGACAAUGAAGACAAUUUCCCCCGAGUGCACGCCAGGAAAAUCCACCGGAAUGGUGCCCUCCCACGGACGCUACCUCACAGGAAUGGCAGGUAGCCGCCAGUGCCUUCAGCAAAGACGGCUCCGCAUCUCAAAGCGUCUUCUUAAAUCCCAGACAGUCACAUAUUCGCAAAACCAGACAGAGACAAAUAAGCAGAUACGUCUCUUCACGGGAGACGAUAUCUUUGCUUAAAUCGGCAGCUGUUGAUGGUCGUUGUUUAUGUUUAUUUUCCUUUUUUUUUUUUUUUCGUUCAUUUUAUUGAAAAUGAUUUUUACGAUGUUCAUCGGAUUUGUAGGUCUGAAUUUGAACUCACUUCCACGAACGUGUGAUCUUUCUGUCAUAUUAAUGUUUGAGGCUGCAUUUAUGUUUGUUAUUUUAAAGGUUAAUCAGAGUACUUAUUUUCAAAUGAGCUGGUUUAUUUCAUUGAUCGGUACUAAUUGUUCAAAUUGGUACGCACUUAUCACGAGAUAUAACACUUCAAGCAUCAUCUCUGACCUGAGCAUUCGAGAGAGGUGACGACCUCAUACGACGUCCGAGAGGUUAGGCCUACUGCUUGGUCGGCGCCUCAUUCACGCUUUUGGUUGCAGACUUCAGUGGCGCCAGAAGCUUUAUUUAUGUCAUGUAUGAAAACAUUUGCUGGGUAUCUUUGUAGCAAACAAACGACUGCGUUAACAUUCAAACUUUAUUUCGUGUUCGAUAGCCUUGAGUUGUGUCUGCUCAGCGCCACUCUGUCAUGUGGUGAACAGAAUACAUGUAUAUAUUUCCAGAGAUUUGUUGUCUUCUUCAUACAAGAAGUAUUUCUCUGGCUUAAUAAUGCAGUUUGUCGUUGGGUGAGCAAACCACAUGUGCACUGAUCAUUGACUUUAUCUCUACUGCUCCAAAAAAGUCUUAGUUUAGUGUUAUCAAA